UUUUAGAGGAUAUAAGUGUAAUUGUUAACUGGCAGAAAAAAUAAUGCAUGUUUUUUAAGUGCACGCCACAGAAAGUCUUCAGUCUAGUUACUAUUUCACAGACAGAUUAAUUUAUACGGUACUUAAUUUAAUUUUUUACUCUAUUGUUUCAUAUGAGUAUCUCAAAGUUGUGCAUUUUUUAUGCGGCCAAGCCAAAUUUAAUUUAGCCGCAUAUAAGCUGAAAUGCAUUGUUUUAUUGAUACGAACAUUGCUUAGAUACCUCUAACCUCAUAUCAAAGAACUUUAAGAAUGCUCGCCCACUUGUAGGUAGGUCUAAACGUCAAACUUAACAUAAUAUUACGCAUACCCUGCUUAUGAUGCACGGGCGUACGUUUUUCUUGUUGCAUUAUAUCCGAUUGUGCACACUUCACAAUAGACUUUAUCAUUAUUACAAUACGAUUGAUAUUUGAUUGAUUUAAUGUGUAAUAAAGUAACAGUAUGCUGAAACGUUUUUGCAGUAAUUGCUCAGCUGCGGUCGGAAGUGGUCGUAGAGUAGCCACGGACAGAAUCGCAGACCGCAUGCGUAAAUCGCGUGUUCUUUUCUACAGAUGCUUGCAUUUGAUCGUGAAAGUUUAUUAACAUUGGCCUCGAAUGCUGAAACCGUUAAAUGAUAUCUCUUUGCUAAACUAUGGCGGUUACAUAGUGAACGUUUUUAGUGUUGUGUCGUAAAUAUCCGGUUCUCAUUUCCGACACGACUUGUGUUUAACACGAUUGCCGUCAUAUAACAAACAUUUAUUUUGUGCUGUGUAACUAUGAUGUCGCAGACCGAUCGAAGGGUCCUGCGGUGUCGGACGAGUUUGAAGUAGAAUUUGUGUGAUUAAAACUAAAUAAGUGGACGAAUUAAGUGAUAAGUAAUUUGAUAAGUGAUAAACGCGUGUGCGGGGAGUGUGGUUGGUGGUGAGGCGGGCGGGGCCGAUGUUUGCGGGGCGGGCGCGUCACGGCAGAGGGCGGCGCGGGAUCGGGCGCGGGGUGCGCGGGGAGCUCGCGCGCCUCGCCGCCGCCCGGCUUCGAUCGCGAGCUCUUCCAGGAGCUCAGCUUCCUCCCCGACGCAGAACUCCAAGAGUGUCUCGGCGAGUAUCCUGACUUCCUCUACCACCUGGCGAGGGACAGGUUCGGGAGGCUCUACUUUCGCGUUAUACGGACUUUGCUCCUUGACCGAGUUCUAUGCAGCAACAGGGUGAGCCAAAUGACAAAGACCUACAAUGACAUCGAAGCGGUAACACGGCUCUUAGAAGAAAAAGAAAAAGACUUAGAGCUGACAGCGCGCAUCGGCAAAGAGCUCCUGACUGCGAACGGGCGGCUCGAAGCGCGCGUCACCGCACUCGAGGGGGAGCUGCGCAGCGCGAGGGACCUCGUCACUCAGCUGCGGCACGAGAUAUCCUCCAAGAGUGAUCUGCUGCAAGUAUUAACCGAUGACACAGAAGAGAGUUCACCCACGGAGGAGCAGGAGGCACCGACGGCUAUCGCGCUGAAGCGUCGCACGGGAGCCCUGGAGCGGGAGAACCGAGCGCUGAGGGAGGAGGCCGCGCGCCUUGCCGCCGGCGCUGACUCGGCCGAGCUGGCUGAGAGACAGCUGUUGAGGGACAUCGCUGCUCAGCUCUCGAGUGCGAACUCCGAAGCGAGCGUGCUGAGCUUGGAGCUAGCGGAGGAGCGGCAACGGUUCGCGGACUUGCAGUAUCAACUCGACACCACCAACACAAGACUUGCCGCCUCCGAGAGGAGUUUACAACAGUUAACCACCGAACACGAGCACACACUUCGGAUAUUAGAGAUAACGAAAGAUAACCAAAAUGCACUCGCCGCAGAGUUGGCUGACGCUAAGGAGCGGUACGCAGAGGUGGCCGCGCUGCUGGGCGAGGCGCAGGAGCAGCUGCGCGCGGUGCGCAAGCGCGGCGAGGCCACGCGCGGCCUCAUGCCGUCCGUGGCGGCCGCGGCAGGGCUGCUGCCCGCCAGCCUGCACCGCGAGAUGCACUCCUCCGUGUACUCCGAGCUCAGCCUCGACUCCGGCAUCGGAGACCCGCUCGCGCAUUCAAGCAUGCAGAAAGUCUUCGAGACAGUACAAUGCGCGUCGCGCUGGUCGGGUGCUUCGCUGGCGGGCUCCGACCCCGACGCGUCGUACAAACCGCCCGCUAAGCCUACCUCUUCUGACUCCUUCUUUGAAGAUACUUCUGACACUGAAUCGGAGGAUUUGUACCCUGGCAACACAGGGUUCGGCGUCCCGGGAGCUCCUGGAGCCUCUGAGCUAGCGGCGGCUCUACGAAGGCUCACACCGCAGGAGAUCAACUCUAGGAGAGCCUCGCUGGCCGCGUCGCAUGUGUUAAGGCAGCGAAGGAGAACAGAGAGGGACCUAAGCGAAGAGAGUGCAGUGUGGGGCGCGGGUGCGGCAGGGGGUCUGGCGCGGUUCCGGCUGCCCCACAAGCUGCAAAUCGUCAAGCCGAUGGAGGGCUCGCUCACCCUGCACACUUGGGCGCAGCUGGCUAAGCCAACCAUGUCGGGUUUACUGGAAGAACAAGAGGGCGUGGGUGUGCGGGGGUCCCGCUCCGCGCAAGCGUUGGGCAUGCGGAUAUACAGACUGUCGGACGUGGAGGAGGACGAUGACAUGCUGCGGUUGCCGCACUCCAGUCACAUAUACACCUUCACUAACAGCACGGUCUUACAUCCGAACGAUGGCAGCCUCGUAGGUAGCAGCGUCAGCAGCGUCUGCAGCAGCGGCAUGAGCAGCCUCUCCAGCUCCGUGCUCGGCAGCGCAUGGAGCUCGCGGCUGACGUCACGCCGCUCCUCCGCCGCCGGCUCCCCCGUGCACUCGCGCCGCGACUCGCUCUGCCAGCCCCCCUCCCGCCCGCAUUUCUCCCCCACCGCCACGCCCGCCAACAGCCCGCUGCUCGGCUCCCCCGACUCCUCCCCGCCGCCGACCCCCCGACCCGGCGACGCGCCCCCCUCGCUGCACGCCCUCAUCGCGAGCGGCACUUCCAUCCUGCGACGGCGGUACCUCACGUCCCCCGCCUCUGACGGCUCCCCCGCGCCGUUAGCUCUACAGACACCAGGAUCAUUGUACAUGGGACUAGUUCAUCGCAGUCCGAUGGAACAGUUGACGUGUUUGAAGCGUACCCUGAGAUCUCCCGCCGCGGCGCCGACGGAGCGCUGCGAGACGACGGACGCGCCGAUGGGGGUCCCGGGGCACACGGGGGAGGGCGCGUUGGAUGCCGCGGCUCUGGGUUGUGUCAGUAACGGUAGGCGGGGGAGGGUGCGGGCGCCGCGACCUCGUACGGACCUGGGCACGGUGGGGUCGACGCCGACGAGUAGCACUCCGGCGCAGUCGACGCCGCUCGGCACGCUCAGCACCUUUCUCUUCGGUCGGAAAGGCGGUUUGCUGUGAGGGUGCCGGCCUCCCGUCAGAGGUGCUUCCUUAGAUCGCUCGGACGCCGCUCACUUUGGAGACCGCCGUACGGAGCCGCGUCGCGUUAACGUUCGUACUGAAUACACAGUCGAGGUGAAUAGUUACAGCGGCUACUGCGUGCUACUUAACUAAUUACUAGGCAAUGAGAACCCGAUAUCUUAAUUUCGCUUUACGUAAGUAAAUCGAAUGGAUUAAUUUACAUUUUCAAAAAUUUUGAUACGAAGGUAGUUCCUGUUGCGAUUUGCCUUAAUACGGCGUAGACUUAUUGAUUUUUUACUCGUGAUUUUAGAUGUAGAAAAAAAAUAUUUUAAGCGAAAAUCCUUUCGUUCCUGUAGGCACAAUUCGAUAAUCAUCGACGUGUUUGGUAUUAUUUUAUGUUAUGAUUAUAGAACAUGUAUGUUUGUGAGUUUUGUAUUUUUUUUUAUAUGUUGACGUUGUUUUGUAGUCAUUUGUAUUUUUGUUGCAUUUAUAUGGAUGACUUUAAUGAUGAAUCUGAAAUUGAAUUGAUCUUAUGGGGAGAUUGUUGAGAUCGCCAUUAGUAGCAUUUUCAAAUAAACACAUUCCUUGUGAAGAAAUUAAUUAGUAUUAAUUGAAAGUGUAUUGCUGUGGUACAGUAAAUAUAACUGAUUGUUGCAAUAAUUGAAUAGGAUUUUCAAAAACAGCUACAUAUUUUUUGCAUUAAAUUUAAACGAGGUUCAAGAUGUUUAAGACAAAAUAAACAUCACAUAAGUAAAAGCAAUCAUAAUAAAAUAUACGCAUUUUGAGAUGAAACGUACAUAUAAUAAUAUUUGGGAGAUUUUUUUUGGAUUUUUGUACUCGAUCUUGAACUUGGUUUUUAUUUAACGUUUCAAAUAAUAGAUUCGUCUUGGUGCACUAAUUUAAAUAAUUAUUAUUCUUAUUGACAAUUAUUAAGAAAAUUAUUUGAUUUAAUAAUAAUGUUAUAUUUCAUAAUAAUUAAUAAUUAUGGUUGUUUUCAAAAUACGCUUUGUUGAAAUUUGUAACUACCUUAUCCUAAUCAAUUUAAUAUGAUAACAUAUUUAGGCUAUGAUAACAGUUCUUAUUGUUUAUCUUUCCUUCAUUAAUUAGCUAUUCAUUAAUAAGAAUCAUGAAAAUAUCAUUGUAAAUAAUUGAAUUUCCAUUAAUUUAGAAGAGUACAAAUUAUUUAUGUUUUAUGUAAAAUUAGCAGUAUUUGUAGUGAACAUUAUUAGAAUGUUUUACUUAAUACAACAAUUUAGUUUCAUUGAUUACAAUUCUUAUAACAUUUUUUUUUUUUAAUUUUGAGCGACAUUUAUUUUCUUUUUUAUAUUAGUGAAUUUCUUUUAACUUUAUUGUUAACUCAGGGUCUAAAUGUUAAUGAAAGUGGUGCAUGCCAUAGUUUAAGAGAAAUAUGUGAAGUUGUUCAAUUGAAGUUGUUGCUUGAUUCAUCGGAGGAUGACAUUCGAUCGAGAAACUUUUGUUCGCAGUCUUUAAUUUUAUUUCUGAUAGCUUUAUUAUUUAUUUAUCAUUUAAGUUUAAAACGGGGAGGAGAAGUGUUUAUAUUAUUAUCUCUAAUAAUCAUAUUACGUAUAUCUGUAUUAAAUGUAAAAUAAGCAUUAACUAAUACAAUUCCUAGCUAUUCAUGUUUAUUUCUAAAUACCACACUCUUAUCCAGUUAUGUAAUUUCUCGUAAUUUUCCUAGUAGGGCUUAAAUUAGUGUUGCCAAAUAGUGUUUCAAAUUUCAAAGCAAUAUUGGUCUAUAAAUCAGUGCAGCUACAAAAUAGUAAGUUUUUGUAAUUUAUGUAUUCAUAAAUUAUUAUCAUCAAUAUUUGUCAUGGAAAAGAGCUUUGGGAAUAUUUCUUUAUUUUUAAUUUAUUUGGGAUUCAGUAAAAAAAUCCAAGAUUCGAUCUACAGAAGUACAAUCAAACGUAAGUCAGAAUGUGUCGUUAUUCUGGAAAAUCGGGACACUAUCCGCCAUCACUAGUUUAAAUAUUGAAUUUAGUAAAUUAAGUUUCUUAAUUUACUCUGUAAUCUAUUAGAAUAGUGUAUUUUUUUAUAUUCAUCAAUAUUCGUCAUGGUGAAGAGCUUUUGGGACAAUUUUCCUGUAAAAUAUAGGCUAGACUAAAGGAUUCAGUAAAAAAACCAAGAUUCCAAUCAAACGUAAGUCAGAAUGUGUCGUUAUUCCGAAAAAUCAGAACACUAUAAGGUAUCACUAAUUUGAAUAUUGAAUUGUAUAAAUAAAAACGGAAUUUGAAUCUUACUUUACUCUGUAAUCUAUUAGAGUAGUGUAUUUUUUUAUAUCCAUGUGAAUAAUAUUAUGUAUGAAAGAGCCAAACAUUAGGUUUGCAAAUAGUUUUGACUGGAUUUCUAUUUUGCGUGUGUCCACUUCUCCAACCCUGUCGGUGCUAGGUAGCAACUAUGCCAGUGAGGUUCCCGUGUGUGGUUUUAGCAAUCGCACGAAUUUAGGUUUUUAGUCGAUUAGCAGUAUCAUGUGGUCUAAGAGCCGGCAUUAAGAAUAUAUACCCUCAUCUGUUAUUCAUUAUAUUAUCAUACUCUCUCAUACUAGAUUUAACAAAGAAAUGAAAAACGAUUGGCCUGAUUUAGGGUACUUUUAAAUUACGUCGUUAUCUUUAUUCACUAUGCGGGCAAAAGUUCUUUAUCCCACUUCUGAUUUUAGCGGACUGAGAAGUGAUUACAAAAUAAAAAAAACUAAUGUCGAACAAAUGUUGUGAAUCAUAAUCUUUGUUCGACAUUAGUUUUCUUAUUUUUGUAAUCACUUCUCAGUCCGCAAAAAAUUAGUGUUAUGAAAUAAAUGAUAGUUAAUUUUUACAGUGACACAUUGUAAAGGGGUUGCCUAGUUAAAUUGCGGCCAAACACAUUUUUCGUAUAAAAUCUAUGUACUAUGUACUAGAUCAAAGGUAAUACCGUUAAAUUAAGCAUAAAAUAGUCUUUCGUUUGACUUAGUGAUGAAUGUACAUAAAUAACAUUACUUAACUGUUUAUAAUAUCUGGCAACCCUAAAGUUACAGUGUAAAAGCAGGCAACCUUUACGUUUUCAAUUAUUUUUGGUAUACUCUAGUAACUAGCGUACGAUUUUUAAAAUUAUCUAAUGAGGAAAGGAGAUUAAAUAUAUUAAAAAAAAAAACCAAAAUCGGCCGCAAUGGGCAAUGUGUCAGUGUGAAUAUUUUAUUUAAUUUAUUUCUUAUACCAAAUAAAUAACAGAUGAUGGUAUAUAUUUCUUAUGCCGGACCUUAUACCAAUGUAGGUUAAUAGGUUAUACAUAUUUGAAUUCAGUUUAUGCUUUAAUCAGAGGUACGCAGUGAAAUCAACUAUAAACUUGACCAGAAAAAAAGAGGGCGCAACAAUUUUUUUUAUACGCUAAUAAAAAAAAGUUAGCCUCAAAAGGGUUAGAACUCAGAGCCGUAGUCGACUUUUUCGGCAACAUGGCAAAGUUUUUUAUUUUUCUGGUCAGGCUUGGAUGUGAUUUGUUGUGGUGAUAGUCAGGAAGGCUGUGAGGCGUCACAUGUUGAUCACGAUUGUGUUGUAAGGCUCAGGUGAUUACUUAGCAGUAGGUCCAGCACAAACUGUUCAUUGUGAGGGUAACACUUGUUGAGAAUUGACGAUAACAAUAUUAUUAUUAAUAGUAAUGAUUGUAUUAUAAUAGAAAUAUAAUUUAUUCCAUGA